AGCGCUGGGUCCGUGAGCACAAAGCAGGGUGGCUGCGGCCGGACAGGGCAGGGCCCUCCUCCCGCGUUGCCUGGAGCCCCGCUCGGCCCACCCCCUCCGCCUGGCCGUGGGCGGCUUCUCGAGGAGCCUCGGCGCCACAACUUAUAAUCGAGCAUGAGUCUUCUUAUGAUUAGUGAGAAUGUAAAAUUGGCCCGUGAAUAUGCAUUGCUGGGAAAUUAUGACUCUGCAAUGGUCUAUUAUCAGGGAGUUCUUGACCAAAUGAACAAGUAUCUAUACUCAGUCAAAGAUACAUACCUCCAGCAAAAAUGGCAACAGGUUUGGCAGGAAAUAAAUGUGGAAGCUAAACACGUUAAGGAUAUCAUGAAAACACUAGAGAGCUUUAAACUAGACAGCACUCCAUUAAAAGCUGCACAACAUGAGCUUCCAGCAUCUGAGGGAGAAGUCUGGUCCCUGCCGGUACCUGUUGAACGAAGACCCUCACCAGGACCUAGAAAACGCCAGUCUUCUCAGUACAGUGACCCUAAACCACAGGGUAACCGUCCAAGUACAACUGUCAGAGUUCACCGUCCAUCUGCACACAAUCUUCACAAUGACAGAGGGAAAGCUGUUCGUUGUCGGGAAAAGAAAGAACAAAAUAAAGGAAGAGAGGAAAAGAACAAAUCACCUGCUGCAGUAACAGAACCAGAGACAAAUAAAUUUGAUAGUACUGGAUAUGAUAAGGACUUAGUAGAAGCUUUGGAAAGAGAUAUAAUUUCUCAGAAUCCCAAUGUUCGAUGGGAUGAUAUUGCUGAUUUAGUAGAAGCUAAAAAGUUGCUUAAGGAAGCUGUGGUGUUACCAAUGUGGAUGCCAGAAUUCUUUAAAGGCAUUAGGAGACCAUGGAAAGGAGUGUUGAUGGUUGGCCCACCUGGCACAGGAAAGACCCUUCUUGCUAAAGCAGUAGCUACGGAAUGCAAGACAACGUUCUUCAACGUCUCUUCAUCAACUCUGACUUCCAAAUACAGAGGAGAGUCUGAGAAGCUUGUUCGUCUUCUGUUCGAAAUGGCUCGAUUUUAUUCUCCAGCCACCAUAUUUAUUGAUGAGAUAGAUUCCAUUUGUAGUCGCAGAGGGACCUCUGAGGAGCACGAGGCAAGCAGAAGGGUGAAGGCCGAGCUGCUGGUUCAGAUGGAUGGUGUUGGAGGUGCUUCUGAAAAUGAUGACCCUUCCAAAAUGGUUAUGGUUCUGGCAGCUACUAAUUUUCCCUGGGAUAUUGAUGAGGCUUUAAGACGACGUCUUGAAAAAAGGAUCUAUAUUCCAUUACCAUCAGCUAAAGGCAGGGAGGAACUAUUACGAAUAAGUCUGCGUGAGCUGGAAUUGGCUGAUGAUGUUGACCUUGCAAGUAUAGCAGAAAACAUGGAAGGUUAUUCAGGUGCGGACAUUACCAAUGUGUGCAGGGAUGCAUCCUUGAUGGCAAUGAGAAGGCGUAUUGAAGGUUUGACCCCAGAAGAAAUCAGAAAUCUUUCAAGAGAAGAAAUGCACAUGCCUACAACUAUGGAGGAUUUUGAAAUGGCUUUAAAAAAGGUUUCUAAGUCGGUAUCUGCUGCAGACAUUGAAAGAUAUGAGAAAUGGAUAUUUGAGUUUGGAUCAUGCUAAAUCUCACACGGAAACUGUGAGAAACCUGCAUUUAAGUGUUUGAAUAAUAAUUAAAUGUAGUAUUUCAUUGCA